AUGAAUAUUGUACCUGAAUAUCAAAUUGAAGAACCAAAAAAUUAUAAUGAAUUUAAAGCAACAGCAUCUCGAUCUAUGCCAAAACCGGCGCCUGCAUCAGCACCUUAUGACUAUUCGCAACAUCAACCACGUCCAGCUCCUUAUAUAACAUCCCCACCACCACCACCACCGGCUCCACCUGCACAAGCAAAACCAAAUGCUACUAAUAAACCUUCAUUUAAUGUUAAUGUACAAGCAACACCUGGUUCCGGAAAUCGUGUAUUUAUGAAAGGUAGUAAAGGUAGUGCAUCAUUAAAUCAAAAUGAAAAUACCAAUCAAACACCUAAAUGUUAUGCAUGUGGUGUAGUCAUAAGAGGUCCAUAUAUCUCAGCUAUUGGUCGUUGUUAUUGUGUAGAUCAUUUUACAUGUUCAAAUUGUUCAGUUAAUUUGGUCGAAUGUGGUUUUAUUGAAGAGAAUGGAAAAUUAUAUUGUGAACGUGAUUUUGAACAAUAUCUUGCACCACGUUGUGCUAAAUGUUCACAGUCAAUAUUAAAAGAAUGUGUUCAUGCACUUGAAAAAACUUGGCAUCCUGAAUGUUUUACAUGUACGGCAUGCAAAAAAUCAAUUGGUACUGGAUCAUUUCAUGUCGAAGAAGGUCAACCAUAUUGUAUUGAAGAUUAUCGUCGAAUGUUUCAAGUUAAAUGUACUAGUUGCGAUUUUCCUAUUGAACCUGGUGACAAAUAUCUUGAAGCUUUGGGUGGCACAUAUCAUGUUGAAUGUUUCAAUUGUUCUAUGUGUCAAGUGAGUUUAAAUGGUCAACCAUUUCUUGUCAAAAACGAUCGGCCUUAUUGUCGUUUACAUGGUCGUUCAUAA